UAUUUUUCAACCGUUUUGGUGUAGUAGUCUACAAAAUUUGAUGUUUAAAAUAUUUAUUAUCUUUUUGAUGAAAUUUUUCCAAUGGGUUGUGAAACACAACAACAAUUGCCAAUCGCCGGCUGGCAUAGAGGACUUUCCCCGAAUCAAAUCAAAGCAGCCAAGGAACUUAAGUCAGCCCUUCUAUUCGACUUGGAAGAGGGCACUACGCAUCGUAUUUAUGAUUGUGUGGCACGAAUUGGUGUUUCGCCUAUGAUCAAUCGUCAAACAUUGUGGCGUAUAUUACAAUUGAGUCGUGGCAAUCAUUUAUCCUUUCUGUACUUUCUUGUCCUGGAACACUACAAAUCGCUAUCGUCUGCAUUUACAGGACACGAGCCAAAGUACACGGUCAAUGAGCAAAUAUUGCUAUCGGCUCUUGCCUAUUUGGAUAUGCCAACGACAUUUAAAGAACUGGAUCGUAUUUUACCUAAGAACGUAAAGAAACCCAUUCAAAAAUCAAGUCCUUUGAGAAGAAAACCUGUGUCUAAGGACAAUCCCAAGGUGCUGCCCUACUUUAAAAAGCAACCAAGACCCAAGGAGCAUGCUUCCUCAGCUAAAUUCAUUUGCACUCCGCCCACCUUUGCUGCUCAGAUUGGCAAAGAUUUUCCGCAGGAUGAAGUGAUUGAGGAUUCGUGUUGGUUUGCCAAUUAUAAACUACAGCCCAUUAAGCGUAUGAUCAAGUCACUUAUAGGCCAUGAACUGAAAGUCCUUUUUGACAAAAUCGAUGAGGUUCGACCUUCUGUUUCGGAGCCACAGACCCCAGAGAUCAAUAUGGAGCGCCUGGAAUUUUUGGUGAAACAGCGCGAUCGUUGCCUGGCCAUGAUCGACUUGGAUGAAGAACGAAAAAUGCUUUCUCGGGAGCGGAUUUUAAGGUAUCUCGAAAACGAUGUACAACGUUAUUUACAAAAAUUUGCAUCCCUUCAACCACCUAGUCGGGAUUUCGUAAUUGGUGUGGGCAGAGUUCCACCAGUAGAGAGGCAAGUGCUACAGUUCGAUUGCACUGAAGAAGGUAAUUGCAGGGCAGGAUUGGCUGUGGAAGGCAGUCCCAUAGACGACAGCAGUAGUAGUUGCCACAAUGGAGUAAAUGUACGAGUACUUGCUGGAUUAGAUUGCGCACACGAUUCCAAAAUGGAAUUCUCAAAGGCAUGUCCCACAAGCUGCCUAAAGAAAAAAACGAAAAUAAAUCUAGAACCCUCGAAGACAUCAUUGUCGAAUAUCCAAUAUUUCAGGGCACCUCAGGCGCAUGUGCCGCAUGUAUUCAACUAUGAUGAUCUCUUUAAUGGUCCGUGUAGAAUUCAAAAAGAUCCUGGUCAGAUAAUAAGAGGAGCUUUUGUUAAAGCUCUAGACAAAAAGGUGACUCUUUUACCCCAUUGGGAGGAGCUUCAGCGUAAAACCAUUCAGGAUGCAGUGUCUCAGUGUGUGCACAAUAUAUUCCAGAAAGGAUUGUUAGAAAAGCCAGAGCCAAAACCAGUGACAGUGGCCACUAAUUUUGAUCCCAAUGACGAACAUCUCAUGGAACAGAUGCUAUACGAUGCUCUCAAGGAAUUGCGCCAAAAUUCCAAAUUCGUAUUAGCUUCUCUACCGCAAAGUCAUCAGGUGCCCGAGCUACGUGAAUGGAUUAGACGUCGCUAUGGCAAACGCUAUAGAGCCCAAACUAUCAAAGAGUUCAAUAUUCAGCAACAAAAUUUGAUGAAAAUAACUCACAUGGAUACAACAUUAUUACCGCCAUCGAUAUCAGGUCAAGAUUUCGGAAAUGAUUUGGUUAGCUAUACAGAAGCACAUGAUGGGCAAACAUUCAAAAACUCUCUUAAAUAUGGCCAAAGAUUUAAAAAUCAAUUCAAUAAUAUUAUUUUAGAUCGUUCACGUUUGUGUUGGCAUGCCCUACACUAUUUGCGUACCAAUAAUAAUGACAAUUUGCAUCGAGCUUACUUUGCCUAUCUACCCGGACGUGUUUUAGACAUGCUACCAACUAAAGGAGUCUGGUUAUCCCAUUACUAAAAAGAUUCAUUUGGGUGUGGCUAUUAAAGGCUUAUAUAGAGUAAAGUUGACGAAAUAUAUUGAACAUAUAAAUAUUAUCAACCUUACUCUACAUAAUCCCCAUAACCUUAAGAAUCUUUUUAGCUAACAUUUUACCAACAUGACCUGUAAUAUUUAAGUGAUUUAAGCAAAUUGUAAAUAAAAUAUGC